UUAGGCUGUUGAUUUGCAGACUGGACUCACUUCACCAAAAUUAAAUUAAAACAAGAGCACAAGACAUGAGGGCGGGGAGCCACUGAAUCGACAAGGGCAUUUCUGACAUCGUGUGCUUGAUCUCUUGAUGCCUGCACAUAAGUCACACGCGGUUUUGUCUCAACCAUGACUUUAAGUUUUUCGUCCUUUUCCAUCAACGACAUCCUCACCACACGACUUGAUGCCCAAGGGAAACGGUCCAGUUCAUGGACUACAGCGGAGCCAAAGAGCGACACCUGCACCAGGCAAGGGCAUUAUGGAGAGAGAGGCAGUCCGGAGCAAAGUGCGAGGAUCCCUAUUUUGUCUCAUCAAGACAUGGAUGUGAACCCCAUCCGCCUGGCCAGAUUUCCUCCUGAAUUCAGUUUGUGUGCCAGGGACCCGCGUCCUGAGGCACACAGCGAGAAACCUCCAGGAGAGAAAACUGAGAACAUGACGCACAGACAAGAUGGCGCGGACCAGCAACUGUUUUGUGUGAAGCAGACCAAACGGCAGGGCAAGGAGGCGGAUGAGCAGGAGGGGGACAACAACAAGGAGACAGUCAGCUUCAAAGCUGACGGGCAGCGGUGCAGGUCCAGCUCCAAGAAGCGCUCCAGGGCGGCCUUCUCUCACGCACAGGUUUACGAGCUGGAGCGCCGCUUUAACGCGCAGCGGUACCUUUCUGGUCCGGAGCGGGCCGAUCUGGCGGGGGCUCUGAAACUCACCGAGACCCAAGUGAAAAUCUGGUUCCAGAACCGUAGAUAUAAAACCAAACGGCGUCAGAUGGCGGCCGAACAUGCGACGUGCGGCUCACCGAGGAAAGUAGCAGUGAAAGUGCUGGUGAGGGACAAUCAAAAGCAGUACCACCUGGCAAAUCAACUCCCCAUCCCCGUGACUCUGCCACUGUACCAGGCUUACCAAUAUUACCCGUACCUACACUGCUGCUUCCAGCCCUGGAGCUCCGACAGCAUGCGGUGUGGAGGACUCCACUGACGACCAGAGCGCCCGAUUUAGGCUUCUCAGCCUCGGAGAAUGAAAUAUUGGC